CCUGUACUACCGACAAUCCUCCGGGUUGGAAUGGUAGCAGUACUGUGAAUUCUCCCGUGAUAUUGGAUCAGGUCCAGUCCCUCAUGAGCUAAAGUUCGGUUCUGCAAGAGGGUAGACGGAAAAAGGCAAAAUGGAGUUCUCCAGACUCCGGAUGAAAAAGAGUAUAAAAAGGUCUCUGUGUCGGCAGCUCUUUCAACCUUGCACAAUGUGCCAAGCGGGAAAAUACUGCUGAUACGAGCUGGUGUCUGCUUUCAACAUGAAGCUCUUCUCCUCUGCAGGGCUUUUUGCCCUCGGUGCCUCUCUGUUCGCAUCAUCCACCACCAGCUCAGCGCUCCCACGUCAGAGCAGCAGCAAACCAUGGUCGCUGAAAAGUUUCAAUUCCCUCAUCACGUUCGGUGACAGCUAUACAGAUGAAUCUCGCUUAGGGUGGUUCAUCAAUCACAAUGGUUCUGCUCCACCUGCCGGCACUUUGUUGCCUGAAACUUUCAGUGCGCCUGGUGGCGGACGGACCUGGCCCAGAUACGUGGUACAAUAUACCGGAGCGACAGUGCAAGGCAAAUGGACUCCUCAGAUGACACUGUAUGACUAUGCUGUCUCAGGUGCUGUCUGUUCCAACAACAUCACACCAAGAUGGUUCCCGGCAAUUGACGCGCCCUUUCCUUCUGUUCUGGAAUACGAGGUGCCGGCCUUCGUCGCCGACAUCCCAGCGACACGAGUCAACUCCACGCCUGCCGUCCAACUUUUCACCCCAAAAUUGACUGCCCAAGACGCUGUCUACGCACUGUGGAUUGGCACCAACGACCUCGGCGUGUACGCGUUCCUCACCGACUCGCAAAUCCCCGGCAAAGUUCUCUCCGACUACACGUCGUGCGUCUACAACGUCUUCGAUAAGCUCUACGCCAGCGGCGCGCGGCACUUCGUGCUCAUGAACACCGCUCCGUUGAACCUGGCGCCCUUGUACGCCAACGACUCCCUGCACGGCGUUGGCGCCAACCAGUACUGGGCGAACAAGACGGCCAACCACACGGAGAUCGCGUAUGCCAUGCAGCAGUUCACCACGACAGUCAACAACGUCUUCAAGUACCAGACCCCCUACGAGCUCCUGGUGGCGAACCGUUACCCGGGGGCUCACUUCGCUCUCUUCGACACCCACGCGCUCAUCACCGACAUCUACAACGCCCCUGCCAAUUACCUGAACGGCACGGGCGUGGUCAAGGGCGGCGAAUGCGUCUGGGGAUACGAGAAUCACUGCACUGUGGACCAGAAGACGUGUGUGAAGAGACAGAACGGCACGAAUCCCGACGGGUAUCUGUGGUUUGACGAAUUGCAUCCCAGCGAACAAACCGACCGGAUCAUCGCGCGGAAUUUCGUGCAGGUCCUCAACGGCACCUCCAAAUAUGCCACCUACUACUGAGCCAGUGAGGUCCAGUCUCUGGCUCACACAUGGUAUACGCAUGGUAUACAUGGCACGGCGUUGGUCGGCAUAGGACGGAAUGGGACGAGUGUCUUUGCGGAGUUGAA